CAUAUCGCGAUGGCGGUAGCCUGGAGUAUUUUGAAUUCCGUUGUGUGAAGUUUGUACAACGUCUUGUUUGUAAAAUGUCUUUUUAUUCCGUGGAUAACAGGCAAUAAUUUAACCACUACCAUGGAUUCCGUCGUGGGAGACGACGUGACGCUGCCCGUGGACAUAAACGGAAGCUGCAGACUGCCAGACUCCAUGAAUCCUGGAGAUUUUUCAACUGACAGCAUGACAGCUCUGUCCUUUCCUGAGAAGAUGUCCCCAAGCAAAGCUCUCACCAUGAAGGACUAUGAGAACCAAAUCACCGCUCUGAAGAAGGAGAACUUCAACCUGAAGCUGCGCAUUUACUUCAUGGAGGAGCGCAUGCAGCAGAAAUGUGACGACUCCACUGAGGACAUUUUCAAAACGAACAUUGAGCUGAAGGUAGAGUUGGAGUCCAUGAAGAGAGAGUUGGCAGAGAAACAGGAACUACUCGUGUCUGCAUCAAAAGCGUUGGAGAGUCUGGCUGGCCGGGAUUCAGGGGAACCUCAGCGUGCGAGAGAGCAAGCUCAGAAAGACAUGGACGCAUUACGGGAUGCUUUCGGCAAGAGGAUAGCUGACCUGGAACAAUGUCUACGAACAGCAGAGGAAGAGGUUGAAAAAAUGGCAGCCAUCGCUGAACAGGAAAAGCUAAAGAAUAUUAACAUGGAGCGGCAGCUUCAAGCACUGGGUCCUCAGAGCACCUUCACACCUGCCACCAGCCCUGUCCAAGAACUGCAGCAGGCCCUGCAGGAGAAAGACAAUAUCAUAGAGCAGCUCACCCACACUGUAAAGAACCAGGAGGCUCUGAUCCAGCAGAAGGAAAAUGCUGACCAAGAGAGAGAUGCACCUUCAACUGAUUCUUUUAAACAGCUUUCUGAUCUCAUCGCCAAGAAAGAUCAGGAACUUGAGGUGCUCAAGACUGAGUUACAACGAGAAAAGGACCAAACGAAUCCAGAUCAUCAGAGGCAGAGUGACUUUAGCAGAUUGGAGUCCUCUCAUACGCUUCUGACCGAAGAGAUCACCAAAGCAAAAAGCGCCAUAGAGAACCUGAACAAAAUGUUGGAGGAAACCCAAAAUGAAAACAAGAACCUGUUAGGAAAGUUGGAGGAAAAGGAGAAUGAACUGAACUCUGAGAAGAAAAAUGCUCUGAAACGGGACAAAACCAUCCAGGGGCUCACUCAGGUGCUUAGAGAAAAGGAGAAAGAGAUUGCUGAGCUGUGUCAUGACAUUGAAGACCGGGAUGAUGCUUUGGCCAAGGCAAGAGAGGCAGCACACAAAGCCCAGCUGCAGAAAUACCAGGGAGCAGAGGAGCACCAAAACCUUUUAAUGGAAAAACAAACAGAGCUGGCCCAACUCCAGGGAGAGCAUCAUGCCAAGGUUCUUGAGUCCCAGAAGCUUCAGCGUGGCCUGGAAAGGAAGGAUCAAGAGCUUGCUGACUUGCAGCAGGCAAAGGAGCAGCUGGAGGUGGAACUGGAGGACCUGCAACAGCAGAAGAAGAAGGGGGACAAGGCCCUGAAUGAUCUGAAUAAUCAGCUCAAAAAACUGAGUGGUGAGAUCGGGGAGAGGGAGAGUGCUCUGGAGCAGCAGUAUCAGGAGCAGCUGGAUCAAACCAAAAGAAAACUUCAGUCCCAUGAGUCCACAAUCCAGCGGCUUACAUCCACUUUGGCUGAUAAGGAGCAGCAGCUGCAGGAGUACAUAAACAUGGUCAGAGACCUUGAACAAAGCAAAAGCAUGGAAGGGACUGGUAACGUGCUCUCCAAGCUGCGGCAACGACUGAAAGAGAAGGAGAAAGCUCUGGAGCAAGCGCUUGAUGAGAAGUUUGCUGCCAUUGAGGAGAAAGACAACGAGAUCCACCAGCUGCAGCUGUCUCUCAGAGAGAAGGAAAGAGACCUGGAUAGGCUCAAUAACUUGCUGUCUCACAAUGAGGACACCAUCAAUAGUUUUGACAGUCUGAUUAAAGAGAAAGAUAUAGAGUUGCAGCAUCUUGCAAACACCCUAAAAAACCUGCAGAGAUCCAAACAGGAUGUAGAAGAUAACCUUAACAGAUCACUGAGGGAGAAAGACUCCAUCAUUAGCCAGCUGCAGCUUUCCCUGGAGGGCAAGACGAAGGAUAUGGAGGAAAUGGCUAACUCACUGCUAAGCCAGUCCCAGACUCAUGCACAUGACCUUGCUGAACAGAUGGGCCAGAGGUUAAAGGUCACUGAAGCUAUGCUUGCAGAAGCUCAGAAAGCCAGAGAAAGACUGAUUGCUGACAACGAGAGUGCCGUGGAGGGACUUUUGGCUACAAUAAGCAGCAAAGACAAACUUCUCAAGGAGUCUGCAGAGCACCACAACCGCAUGCUGUCCGAACGCACACAAGAGAUUCAGGAACUGAGGAAGCAGCUGUCUGAAGCUCAGCAGCAGCUCGCAAAUGCUGAGAAGCAAAGCUCCUCAACAGCCCAGGAGGGUUAUUUAGAGACUGCAGAGCUGAGAGCACUGCUUGCUGACAAAGACAGCCUCAUCAACAAGCUGCUACAGCGUGGUCAGGAGAGGGAUCAGUAUCUGGCAGAGAUGAGGCAGAAGGGAGAACCCGAUCGUGUACUGGAGCUUCGACAAACUAUCCAGAUAAUGCAGGAGAAGUUGGAAGAAAAAGAAGCUGAGCUGUCCCGGAGGAACAGCGAGGAUAACACGGAGAACAUUCCUCUCCCAAAGAAGACUGUUGUUGUUCUGAAGAAGGAGCUUGCACAGAAAACUGAGGCACUUAACAAAGCACUGAAGAGGGAGAAUGAGCUUAAGAUGUCUUUAGCUGAGCUACAGUCAUUGCUGUCUGAGCGGGAGGGUCAAAGUGAAGGUCAGGCUGCUAAUAUUGAAUCCCUGACUGCCACUCUGAAGACCAAAGAUGAGAUUAUCAAUGCUCUCCACCAACGCCUCGAUCAGAGAGGAGAUAGUCGGGCUGAUCAUACCCAGGAUCAGGUCAUCAGCUCUGGCAUGGAGAGAUCUCUCCCUGGGCUCCCUCAGAGAGAAAGAACCAUGAUUGGUGGAGACAGCCAGCAAGAGGCAUUCCCCAACCUCAUAGCUCUGCAGCAGGAGCAUAAUGCGCUGAACAAAGCCUUGAGGGCUGAACAGCAGCUCUACUCCAGCCUGGUCAGGACUGUAAAGGAGCAGGACAGCGCUCAGCGUCUCCAUGCUCUUCAGCUGGAGCUCACUGCUGUGCAGCUCCUCAGGCAGCAGCUGGAGGAGAGCAUCAGAACUAAUGAGGAGCUAAGGGACGACUUGGAGAGAGAGUUGCACAGAGCCAAAGUCAGAGAAGGUAUAGACCUGAGUGAUCCUAAAGAACUGGAGAGCAUGAGACAUCAGCUGGAGGACGCACAGCGCUGGAACGCCUCUCUGCAGGCUCGCUUAGGAGCUAUACAGAACCGCGGAGGAGGCGUUGGUGGGACGAACGAUGGUGGUGACACUUUAAGUUUCAUUGGAGAUCAGACGUCCUACAUGAGUAUCUGUGUGAGUGAAGGGCAUGAUGACAGCUUGUCUCAGCUCUCUGCGCAGCAGCUCAGGGAAAAGGUGCUGGAGCUGCAGGACUCUCUGAACAGACUGCAAGCUUUAAACAAUGAGCUGCAAAACCGACCAUCAGCACUGGACAAGUCAGACUACCACAAGGAAGACAAAGACGUGGUCAGCAAUAGUUCAUGGAAACAGCAGUGUGAGAAGACGCGAGAGACGCGGCCUGUGGCUCACAGUAGGAAGACGCAUCAUCCUGGUACAGAUAAGGAGAGUCAGACGGACAUCAGACUAGGACAGAUGGUGUCUGAAAAGCUGUUGGAUAGUAUGAGUAUGGACAACAGCCAGACUAGAGAGCGUGCUCGGUCUGACAAGGACACCUUGGACACUGGAGGCAAAGAUUCAAGACAGAAGAACAAAGAUGAAAGGGCACUUACUUCCCUGCUGGCUGACAGUGGUUUCACAUCUGUCUCACACCUUAGAGAGGAGCUGCACAGACUCAGAUCAGAAAAUGCAGAGCUGCGGGGUCUCCUCAAAGAACACAAAUCCACUGAGAGUAAAGAGAAAGAGAGCAGAGAUGCUUCGGGGAACAGCAGUGACGGACAGAGCGAGUUGAGAAGGAGUGUUGAGAGCCUGCAAGCUGAGACAGAAGGUCACUCUAAGGUCGUGAAUCUGCCAGCAGAAGAGGAAGACGGGAAGUCUUACAGGAUGUCAGAUGGGGAGAGAUCUGUCAGCACCACAGAGGAGAGGAAGAAUCUACAAACUAAAGGCCAAACGCAGAGCAAGAGUGUGAAGCAGCAUGCCACAAAACAUGGGGCUGGGGUUAAAUCUCGUCUCCCCGUCCCUGUGAGGCUGAAAGUGGAGGCCAGUAGCAGCAGUCAGUCUGUGAGCUCUGAUCAUCCCAACAUGGACGCACUUAAACAUCUUCAUAUGGUGGAAGCAUGUGGGUCUGAGCAGCUGCUGCACACAGACUCUGAGUCUUCCUCACGUGAAAACACACACGUCAGCAGCCAAGUGGAGACAGAAAACAGCUCGGAAACGGGGACAACCAUGGAUCCCACCCGAGCCAACUCUGCUCUUCUCACUCAGGUGGAGCUGCUCCACCAUGAGUGUCAGGAGAAGGAGGCUCUGAUCAAAAAACUCAGCGAGCAGCUAGCCCAGUGGGAAGAGCUGGAUGCUCAGCUCCAGGAAAAGGACUCACUCAAUCGCCAGUACAUUGAGGCCUUACAAGCUGCAGAAUCUACUAUUGCUUACCUGACUGCCUGCAGUCUGGACAGUCAGGGAGGCUUCGGGAAACACACUGCUGGCUCAUGCACAAGGUCUGGGUCCGUGGGUUCAGAAGGAGCCCUGCUCAGCAGAUGUAUGGAGCUACAAACAGCAUUAGGGGAGAAAGAGGAGCUUAACAAAAAGCUUAUUGAUCUCCUGAACAUAGCAGAAAAAGCCAUUGCUGCCACUGAGGGACAAGAAAAGAGUAGACAAAAUAGUGAUUUAUGUUUAGAGAUCGACACAGCCUUGCAGCAGGCAAAGGCUUCUUCAAGCAGACAGAGUCUGAGAGGUGCUUUUGGACACACAGGUGACUCUAUGCAAGAGCUUCAACGGCAUGCAGACUCUUUGCAGGAGGCUCUGUGGGAGCAGAACAGACUUAACACAGAGCUGCAGGAAAAACUAAGAGCUCAGGACGCUGCCUCUAAAUACAGCUCCCACAGUAGCAGUGCAAACCAGAAUGCACAAUCACUUAAAGAAAGUGAGCCAAAGAAAAACUCAGGUGAUGUCGGGUUAGAUCCUGAGAUGACUAAAGCUGUUUUAAACUGCCUUACUGCUGCAGAGACUACUGUCGCCUCUCUGGCAGCACACUGUACAAACACCAGCUCCUUAGCCUCUGGUAGAUCCUCACAGACCAGCUCUAACCUGCAGAGAAAUUUAGAGAACCUUCAGAAAGCCCUGCAAAAGAAGAAGGACCUGAGUGAAGCAUCUCAGCCGCCUUUAAAAUCCAGCAGCAAUCAGUCAGCUGCUUCUUCUGGAACAAAUGGGGAGCAUCAGCAAGACCUGCACAAUAACAUCCGCCUCCUCUACAAGAUUCUCUGUGAUCAAUAUCAGAGAAUUUCUGAGCUCCAGGCCUCCCUCCAAGAAGACAAGGGCCAUAAAGAGGAGAUCAAGAUCCAUGGGACAUUGCAAGAUGUUAAAGGAUUACCCCCACAUGUACAGCUCCAGCUGGAGGCUCUCCACAAGGCGCUGAGGGAGAAGAAGAAAGCGUGUAAGAGCUUGGAAGAGAAACUGGCCACUGCACUUUCAAACACACCCUCCCCUGAAACUGCACGGAGAGCUCUGGAGCAGGAUGACAAAAGCGUGCAGGUGGAUUUGCAGGACCUGGGUUACGAAACCAGUGGCAAGAGUGAGAACGAUAGGGAAGAGAGCAGUAGCACAGAUCUAGAGGUCGGUGUGAAGCCCAGCUGCAGUGCCUCAAGCUUGCCUUCUCUGUUGAAACACGAGCAGGCUAACUUCUCCUCUAUGGACAACUUGGAUUCCACCUCCAGCACUCCGUACCCCAGUUCUCCAGCUUACAGCUCAGCCAAGGUCAGUCUGAAAGGCCUUCAGAGCUACGACGAGUACGGCAUGUCUGAGGACCCUCACCAGCUUCAGGGUCAAGUCAAAGAGCUCAAGGCCCAGCUGGAAAACCAGACCAAACUCAUCCUGCAGAUGCAAAGUCUACUGCGUAGGAACUCUAUCUGUAGUGAUCAAGUUGCCAACUCUUCAGAUGCACCAGCUGUCAGGAGUCACGUGGGGUCGCCUGGAGAGGACCAUAGCCAGAAUAUGGGCUCUAAAAGUGUUCAACGAGGGGAGAAAAAGGAGGGGGAGCACCAGGCGAUGAAGGAUAAAACCAGUCAUCUAAAUGUGGACGUGGAAGGAGAGAAGACACCGAACAGAAGACUGAGUGAUCAGCUGCAGCAAACCCGAAGCCGCUCCACCUCCCCUGCAAGACUGGACUCCCUGGUGCAGUCCCAGGCCCGGGAGCUGUCACAACUGAGGCAGCAAAUCAAGGAGAGCCGCCGGCUGGGAGCCCUGCAGCGCCGGCAGCUGGAGGAGCUGAACAAGGCCUUCAAGGAGCUGCUGCAGGCCAACAAAGUCGAUUAUUACAUGGGGGAGGUGGUGAAAGAGCAGUUGGACAAGAGCCUGGGCAUUCUGGACAGACUGGAGGGAAGGCUUGACAAAGAAGACUCUCAUCAGAAUAACGAGGAUAUGGCGGCUCUUGAGCUGUCACGCAGUCUUUUGGAGCUCCAGCAUGGCUCGCAGCCACCGCUGUCUUUUGAGGACAGCAUGAGCCGUCCUGCUGACAGCACAGCUAGAAUCCAGCAGGAGAUAGAUGACCUACGUAUGGAGCUAGAGGGCGAGAGAGAGCUGCUGCAGCAGCACAUCAGUCUCCUCGUCCAGCACAACCUCAGCCUGGCUGAGUGCACCAGGGAGCAGCUGGACCUGCUGGCUAAAGAGCUGCAGGAGAAGAACCGUGUGAUUCAGAGUCUGCAGAGUCAGUUGAGAGUCCAAAGUUCCAGCAGCCACCACAGCUCCCACUCUGACCUGUACCACCUAGACAGAAACUCCUCGUCCUCCUGCUACAGCAGCCCGGCCAGACAGGGUGGCAACCAAGCCCACAGUCAGCAUCCUCCCACCGAUUGGACAGGAGCAGCUGUCCCUCCUCCUGUAGGCGGGUCACAGGAGGACGGAGGGGUGUCGGCUCAUAGCGUACUGCAGGGCCUGCAGAGGGAGAACGGGCGACUGCAGGAGCAGCUCAGGGACAGCGAGGAGCUCAACGCCACCCUGCGUAGUGAACUGGACCUGCACCGCUCCAUCAUGGCUCAGAGCAGCUCUCAUCAUCAGGGGAAGGAUUACAAUCCUGACCAGGGGGCAUCCGGACCUCAGACCGAAACACUCAGCAGAGGUGUGGACGUCGGCUCGCAGAAGACCGAUGGCGAGCAGCCACGUGCAAUGAAUUCAGACUUGCUUGCAGAACAUCUGCAGGAGAUCCGAGCUCUACGGCAGCGCCUGGAGGAGAGCAUUCGCACCAACGACCGUCUCAGAGAGCAGCUGGAGAAGAGACUGGCUGAGGUGGAGAAAGAUCCAGCAGCCACCAACAUCUUCAUCCAGGGCAACGAAGAGCAGGGUCAGUUGGCCAAUGAAGUGCGAUUUCUCUGGGGACAAAACCAAGCCCUGAAGGAGCAGCUCAACAUGGGCUCCAGAGAUAAACAGAAAGAGAACGAAAGGCUGCGGGAGACUCUGGCCAGGCGAACAGCCAAACUGGAGCAGAGCAGGAAGGAGUGUGAAGCUCUGAGGCAGGAGAACGGCCGUCUGCAGGAGAGGCUGGAGCUCAGCAGCCAGGAAAACUCCACGCUGCAGGAUUCACUGCACUACACAAAGGAGGAGCUGCACAGGCUGCAGGUUGAGGUGAAGCUGCAGAGGCAGCAGCUGUCGGACUCCCAGCAUCUCCUGCAAUCUCUGCGGGUGGAACUGCAAGUUUACGAGAAGAUCAAGACUGAAUCUCAAAAACACAGCGCAGAAUCCAACAAGCCCCCACACGAUCCCGUCCCCAUCCCUCCCUCCUCCGGCUCAGUGGAUCUGAGCGAGCUGCUGCAGGAGAUCCGACACCUGCGCCUGCAGCUGGAGAGGAGCAUCCAGACCAACACGGCUCUGAGACAGAGACUGGAGGAGCAGCUGCUCCGCGGACCCAACCGCUCUGAGACCAUCAACAUCAACUACCUGCUGUCCUCACCGGAUGAAGGAGGAAGAUCACCAGGACGGGACGGUUGUGAAACGCAGCGUCACUUAUUUCAGAGUCAGAACGAACACACAGACGAGGGACUUCGUGGUCACUCAGACGGCUCACUCAGCAGCAGCUCCGGCGACAGCGUCUCCGGUGCUCCCUCUCGUCUGGUGCCGGGUCACCGCAUGUGGGCCAACCGCAACGGCCGCCAUAUUCUGGGUCUGAUCGAGGACUACAACGCCCUCCGUAAGCAGAUAUCAGAAGGACGCAAGCUAUCACGCAGCAUGGAUGCACAACUGCAGGAGUGUUUGCACACAGUCAGACAGCAGGGAGCUGACAACAAGGUGAUAGAGCAGCAGCAUCUAAAGAGUCUGUCGGGCAGUGUGAACACCAUGCAGCAGGUGUUGGAGGAGGCUGGUCGACUGCUCAAACUGGUGUGGAGAGUCUCUUUACCAGCUGGAAACAUGGCUGGAGACGGCAGCAACAACCAGCAGGAUGAGCUGCUGAAAAACGAGAUAGCCAGACUGAAGAGCAGACUGUCCCAGCAGGAGAGGAUGCUGAGUGGAGCUGUGAAACGUCUGCGGACGACCAACCAGCUCAAAGAGGGAAUGGAGAGAGUCAUCAUCGACCAGCUGUGUCUGACCCACGGAGUUUUAAAGAAAGCCCGAGGGAAUUUAGAGACAAAUUACUGCUCCAUCUUUGGCCUGAAAGGUCGGUCUGGAGACGAAGGAGGUGCCGGUCACUGGCCACUAGGGGGCACUGAAGACGAGCAGAGAAACGUCCCUGUAUCGGGCCAGCCUGCAGACCAGCGCUCUGAUUCGUCCAAUAGUGACGCCUCUCUGCGCUGCAGCUACUGAACAUGCUGCUCCUGAACGUCCAUCAGGCCUUAUUCAUCCUGCUGUACAACCGUCACCUUAUUCCCCUGAUAUCGAAGCCUUUUUGUACCUUAAUUGCACAUGACUUGCCUAUAAUUAGAUUUAUUUUAGGUACUGAAGAUGUAAAAAGUUUCUUUUAAAAAGCCUUUGUAUAUAACGAGUCCUGCAUGUGAAAUAUUUCCUUUUGUUUUUUAUGCCUAUAAGAACAUGAAAAUGUAUU